AUGUUCAUGCUCCAGCUUGCCGCCAGGCGGAGACUGCCCCACUUUGCGCGCACCUACGCGACGACAUCGACUCCCCAGACGCUCGUCGAGAAGAUUGUGCAAAAAUAUGCGGUCGACCUCCCCGCUGGCACCAAGGUUAGCAUGACGCACGACAACACUGGUCCCGUCAUCUCCAAGUUCCUCUCGCUCGACUGCUCCAAGCUCGAUAACCCGCGUCAGCCAGUGUACGCUCUUGACCACGACGUUCAAAACAAGUCUGAGACCAACAUCAAGAAGUAUAAGAGGAUCGAGGCGUUUGCCAAGGAGCAUGGUGUCGACUUUUACCCCGCCGGUCGUGGUAUUGGCCACCAGAUUGUCGUGGAGGAGGGCUACGCCUGGCCCGGCAAGAUGGUCGUUGCCAGUGACAGUCACAGCAACCACUACGGAGGUGUCGGAUGCCUCGGUACCGCCAUUGUGCGUACCGAUGCCGCCGGUAUCUGGGCGACCGGCAAGUUCUGGUGGCAGAUUCCUCGCGUCAUUUCGGUCUCGCUUGAUGGCAAGCUGCCGCAGGGUGUCACCGGUAAGGACGUCAUUGUCGCGCUCGCGGGACUCUUCAAUGAGGACCAGGUUCUGAACGCCGCCAUUGAAUUCACUGGAGACGGCAUCAAGCACCUUGCUAUCGAUGAGCGUCUGACAAUCGCCAAUAUGACGACCGAGUGGGGCGCUGUCGCUGGUGUCUUCCCUGUCGACGAGAAACUCAUCGACUGGUACCGCGGCCAAAUCCGCAAGGCCGAACUUCGCAAGUUUUCGUCACCUUCAAUUCCGUCAACUCAGAACACUGAUGUUCACCCCCGCAUGAACGAAAGCCGCCUGCAGAAGAGCUUGCAGGAGCAGCUUUCCGCCGAUCCCGGCGCUCACUACGCAUCGCGUUUGUCGCUGGACCUCUCCACGCUCGUUCCCCACAUCUCGGGCCCUAACUCGGUCAAAGUCGCCACGGCUCUCCCCAAGUUCCUCGAGGAGCCAGUCAAGAUCAACAAGGCGUACCUUGUCUCUUGCACGAACUCGCGAGCGUCUGACAUCGCUGCCGCAGCUGAUGUUCUCCGUGGCAAGAAGAUUGCUCCCGGUGUUGAGUUUUACAUUGCCGCUGCUUCCAGCCGCGUCCAGCAGGAUGCCGAGGCUGCGGGCGACUGGCAAGCCUUGAUCGAUGCUGGAGCUAAGACCCUUCCGGCUGGUUGCGGACCCUGCAUCGGUCUCGGUGUCGGCCUUCUCGAGAAGGGUGAGGUCGGUAUCAGUGCCACGAACCGCAAUUACAAGGGACGCAUGGGGUCCCCUGAUGCUCUUGCCUACCUCGCCUCGCCCGCCGUUGUCGCCGCGUCGGCAGCUAAGGGCUACAUCUGUGGCCCCGACUCACUGGAUCUCAACGCGCUUCCCAAGUACGACGUUCCCAGAUUCGCGAUUGAGGAGACGCCUGCCCAGCCCGUGCAGCCUGCCGAGACCGGUGCUGAACCCGAGCCUCUGCUGGAGGGAUUCCCCGAGUACUUUGAGGGCCAGCUCGUCUUCGCCCCCCAGGACAACUUGACGACCGAUGGCAUGUACCCCGGCAAGUACACUUAUCAGGACGACAUCACCCCUGAGCGUCAAGCUGAGGUUGUCAUGGAGAACUACGACCCCGACUUUGCCGCCACGAUCCGAGGCCUUCGCAAGGACUCCCCGACGCCUGUACUUCUCUCUGGCUAUAACUUUGGAACCGGUUCUUCGCGUGAGCAGGCCGCUACUGCGAUCAAGAACGCUGGCAUGCCGCUCGUUAUCUGCGGUUCGUUCGGCGACAUCUUCAAGCGCAACAGCAUCAACAACGGACUUAUUUGUGUUGAGGCCCCCGAGCUCAUCGAGGACCUCACUGCGCGCUUUGCUCAGGGAGGCGCGCGAGGAAAGGGUGGCAAGAACGGCGAGCUGACUGUAAUCCCGGAGGGCUGGAAGGUCAAGGUCGACACUCGCCGAGGAGGUGUCACUGUCACAAUGGGUGACGAGGGCGAGAAGUACUACCCCUCGGCCCGCGUGGGUCGCAGUGUUCAGGAACUCUGGGUAAAUGGAGGUCUCGAGGGCUUUAUCAGAGCAUCUCUCUAG